UAUCUAAAAUUUCUGAAAUCUAAUUUAUAUAGUUUUAGCUAAAAUAAUGAAUUAUUACAGCAAGUUGAAGAACUAUUACACUUCGAAUACCAUCGCAAGAAGACUCAAGGGAGGGGAUUACACAGAGAGAGAGAACCAACGGAAAGAUGACAAAGUGUACGAACUCAAACGAAAAUUCCAAAGAAUUGUGGACAGUAUUGACCAAGUUGAUGAUGAAAAUGAGUAUCAGAGGUUGAGCAAACUUGCAGAAAUUUCUAAUAAUUUGGUGAUGAUGAAUUCCCCUUCUACUAAUUGUGCUAAUACUGAUAGCGACACUAGUUCAAAGACUAAAGAGGCUUUUAAGCCAACAAUAAAACAAAAUACUCUAGAUUCAGUUAAAUGAGACUUGCAGAAUGACCUCUCUUCUUCAUUCCAAAGCAAGAAUCACCCUAAACAGAUAUCUAACCAAGAUACCAUAGACAUUUUUGGUGAGGCUGAAAUUAAUGAAUGUGAAAUACACGUUAUGAAAAAUUCGAUUCCAGAAAUGCCAAAACUCCACCCCCAACAAAGUACUCCAACUCCUUGAAAUUGGAAGAAGGAAAUGAAGAUUUCGGCUGUUGGACCUACUCGACUUUCAGAAAAUACAUAUUUUUCUCCAAAACACACUGCUAAAAUCCAGAAGUAUUGUAAUCAGACAAUAGAUUUUACCUUAUCAGAUAUGAGUUGAACUCCAGUGAAGACUCCAAUAGCUAAGCCUCAAGCAAAGAAGAGAAGGGAUCGUGCUACAAGGAGCAAGCACAGAUCAAUGAAGAGAAAGGAAAGCAUCUCUUCUAAAAUUGGUGCUCCUGUUAAGCCCAUAGUAACUAAAAAGAAUCAUCUUGGUUCUAAACCUAUCAGAGGGCAAAAGUUCUCCAAUAAGAAGGCACUUAUACCAAGUGCUUCGACUAAAGAAGGGUUUAAGUCUUCUCAACAGAAUAAGAAAACAACAGCUUCUGAAAUUUCUGCCUUCAUGAGAAAUCCUUCAGGAGAGAAAUUCAGAACCGAGCUUAAGAAAUUAAGCAAGAGUUGGCUUAAAGAGAAGGUCGCUGCAAAACCAAAAUCCUAUAACGCUCAUAAGGCUUUUGGUCCAAGUCUUAAGGCAAAGAAGAAGAAUGUGAGGCAACUAUCAAGACUCAAUAAUGCUCAUCAAGGUUAUAAGAAGUCUACAGAGAAAGCGGAUUUCCUUUCGAGAAACAAGAAAAUGAUGGAUCUAGUUAAAGCCCGUAAAGAUAUCCAUCAGAGUAAAUCUAAAUCAAGAUCUACGAGAGUGACUGAAAGGAACAAUGAAGAUACUCUAAAUGGAGUCUCGCCAGAUGUCAGGAACUCCUUGAAGAUGAAGAGUUUGUUGAAUAAGUUCAGAAGUAAUAAAAUUUAGCUCGAUAAAAUAUAUCUCAACA